ACAUAUAUACAGAGUCUAUAUUUUCCAAAUAUUUAAUAUAUAUAAAUUUAAUUUUAGAUAUAUAAAACAAAUAUUUAUUUUAAAGUUCAAUAGUGCGCCCUACUUUGAUAUAAGUUCGUUGAACCAUAAUAUACUUGGGAUCGGAGUUGGUCUCAAAUAGAUCAUUAAGUGUCCCACAUUAUAACAAGAGAGUGCGUUUGCGCAUAAAGUUUAAUAUAGUUUACUACUAGAAAAUGUUGCCAGUCCUACUCCUACUUAUUAUAUCAGCUGCCGCUGCUGAAAACUGCACCUACAGAUACGGCAUCAACUCGUACUCCAGAAAAUCACUGCUGACCAUCAAAGGUCUCCCGACCAACCUAGUCUAUGAGCCCAAUAGCGGCGACCUGCUAUUCACUUUAAUAGACCUGGAAUCCUUACAAAAUGAUGACGAACAAACCCGAAUGGACCAAUACAUACUUCGAAAUGGAGCACCGAUCAAAAUCGACAAUGUCAACGGACAAGCCGCAGCCGUUGACUUAAAAUCUGGAAGAGUCUACAUAGCCAGUGAUGAUGGACUAAAUAUACUUAAUGGAACAGACAGAGCUAACUUCCUAAGUCUUAAAGACGAAGAUAUCGUACAGCUGUUUAAACCAGCUCAUAAGGAUGAAAUCUACUUAGUCAUAUUCCCUGAAAACGAAGUUUACGUCUUCAAUGUAGACAAGAACGAAAAAAAGAAGAUUGAACAUGUUCCUUGUGCAUUCAUUUUAGCAGUAGAUUCAAAGGAUAAUAUUUAUUACGAAUGUGAUUCUAAGUAUGUUAAGGUUUUGCUUAAAGAUUUUCAUGAGCCUAUUGAGUUUGCAGGAAUAGGAAAGAAUACAGCUCGGGCCAUAACAGUGGAUCCAGCUGGUAAUGUUAUUUUAGCUGCAAAUGAUGGACUGUACCUUCUAAGGCCUGAUAAUCUAAUUCCUAAGAAAUUGAUGAACUUAGAUUUCGUCCCAUCAGGCAUUGCAUUUGGUAACAGUAACAUGUUCUUGUCUACACAUGGAAUAAUUUAUGAAUACAGUUGGUGUAAAUAAGAUACGUAACAAAGUGAA